AUGGUCUCUCAAGCUAUCCUCGGUUCAAAGGGCACUGUGCUGGUGUCGGGUGCUUCUGGAUUCAUUGCUGCUCAUGUGAUUCAACAAUUUGUUGAAUCGGGCUAUAAAGUCGUUGGAACAGUUAGAAACCAGACUUCUAUUGACAAUUUCAAAAAGACUAGUACUUAUCAGCAGUACUCGGACUACAUUAGAUUGGAGAUCGUCGCAGACAUCUCUGCAGCAGGUGCCUUUGAUGAGGCUGUCAAGGGAGUCGAUGGUGUCAUUCACACUCAGAGUCCCUUUGUUCUUAACGUUCAAGAUAAUGAGAAGGAUCUGCUUAUUCCUGCUAUUCAAGGAACAGUAGGUAUUCUCAAAUCUAUUAAAGAGAACAACCCCUUUGUGAAACGUGUAGUAGUCACUUCGUCAUUUGCUGCAAUUGUUGAUCUGUCCAAGGGUGUCCACCGUGACCAUGUGUACUCUGAAAAGGAUUGGAAUCCUGUUACUUAUGAAGAGGGUAAAGCUACUGACAUUGGCGCAGUGGCUUACUGUGCAAGCAAGGUUCUCGCUGAGAAGGCCGCACAUGAGUUUGUUGCAAAGGAGAAGCCUAACUUCACCGUGGCCACUAUCAACCCACCAAUGGUGUACGGCCCUAACCUGCACUACAUUUCCGAUCUGUCGAGAUUAGGCGAGUCUCCCGCCCUCAUUUACAGUCUUAUUAAUGGAUCCCUAGUUGAGUCAGGUGUUCCAGAGACAGGAUUUCCUGCCUGGGUCGAUGUCCGAGACGUCGCACUUGCUCACCUGAGAGCCUAUGAGAACCCCAAGUCGGCCGGCCAGCGAUACUUUGUCACUGCAGGCAGCUUCCUCUACGACGAAAUGUGCCAAACCAUUCUCGAUAACUUCCCUCAAUUCAAGGGUAAAGUGCCUGUUCCCACCGGUGCCAACACCUUGGACGGUCUCUACCGCACUGACAACACAAAAGCUCGAACUGAGCUCGGAAUCAACUUCCGCAGCCUCGAAGAAUGCACCAUUGACUCUGUCAACUCAUUCCUUCCACUUCUUAAAUAG